GUCGCUGCAAAGCAAAAUGACAACAUCCUUGUCACAUCAUUUCACCCAGAAUUAGCAGAAACCGAUAUACGUUUUCACGAUUGGUUUAUAAAGGAAUUUGUUUUAAAGAAUUUCAACAGAUACAAGUGA